AUGAAGAAACCUCAAGACAGCAAGAAGGAUGAGAGUAGAAGGGACAAGAAUGUGAAGUCUCCUUUACUGAAAGAAAAGCUUACACCAGAAGAAGUGUGGAAAAAUGCAGCUAUUCUCUUGGGGACUAAAAAAAAGGAAACUGUCCCGAAAUCAACUCAAGGCAUAAAAAGCUUUGACUUUGGUGAUGUUUGUAUAGAAAUUGAGAAAGUCAACAGGGAAAGGAUUUCGUUACAUGGUAGCGGGCAUGAAGAUGGAGUAAGAAGAUUUUAUGAGAUUGAGACUUCGAACUCCCUUGUGCACAUUCCAAACUUUAGAGAUUUAGAGAAGAAUUAUACACCAAGGACACCUGUGGAAACCCCUAGCUUCUUUCCAAAAGUAGCAUUGUAUGUGUUUGAAAGCCAGGACAUAUUCAAGAAGCUAGACAUAGACACGCUUUUCUUCAUCUUUUAUUCCCAACUUGGAACUAUUCAACAAUACUAUGCCGCGGUACAACUAAAGACGUAUUCGUGGAGAUUUCACACAAAAUACUUCACAUGGUUUCAAAGGCUAGACGAGCCCAAACUGAUAACAGCAGAUUAUGAAAGAGGGGACUUCUUGUUUUUUGAUUACGAUGUUACAUGGUCUUUCAUGAAGAAAAGUGACUUUACGUUUGAGUACAAGUACCUUGAAUGCUCCGAAUGGUAA